AAUCUUUUUAAUACUUAGAUCCAAGGUGAAAAACACCCUUUCGGUGGAGGAGAGAUUUUAUUUUCUGCGAUUAGUCUUCAAAAUCCCCUCCGUUUUUUAAAUUUGAUUUACUAUUAAAUUGAAAUUUCGCAUAUUGUUGGAUUAAUAUCGAUUCGAUUUGAUCUCAUCUUACAACACUAAAACCCUAGCAUGAGGUAAUUGAAUUUCUUCUACUGGAUUCCUCGUCUCUUCUUCUGAUUCAUCUUUUCAUUCAUCGAUUUGUCGGUUAAGGUUCAACCUUCGAAUCUCUUUCUUAGCUACAGAAGAGAGGGAAAGAAGAAGGCUUGCUUUGGUUGGGAAGAAAUUUGUGGAACUGAAUUAGGGUUUAAAGAAUUAGUAUUACUCUACAUUUUUGUUGAUUCGGUCAGCUGUGGAAGGGGAAGUCAAUUCAGCUUCGAAUCGUUCAGAGUAUAAAUCAGGGUUAUCGCUGUUCUCGAGGCAUUGUUAUGGAUCUUCUCCAGUCAUACACAGAUCAAAACGACGAUGACGGAAGCCCUAAACAGCUUACAUCUUCACCAGAAGCCUCUCCGCCUCGGCUUCUCCCCUCCAAAACCUCGGCGCCUAAGGUCGAUGAUACAAUGUUAGCCCUCACGGUGGCCAACGCCAACCAGACCCUUUCGAAGCCGAUAGACCCAACUCAACAUCUCGUUGCCUUCAACCCCACUUACGACCAACUCUGGGCGCCCAUUUACGGCCCAUCUCAUCCCUAUGCCAAGGAUGGCAUUGCACAAGGCAUGCGAAACCACAAGCUAGGUUUCGUGGAGGAUGCGUCCAUUGAACCAUUUGUCUUCGAUGAGCAGUACAACACUUUCCAUAAAUAUGGAUACGCUGCUGACCCAUCAGCUUCUGCUGGGAACAAUUACAUUGGGGAUAUGGAGGCUUUGCAGAAGAAUGAUGCCAUAUCCGUGUAUAACAUUCCACAGCACGAGCAAAAGAAGCGGAAGAUUGAGAAAAAGAAAGAAAUGAAUGAGAAUGAAGAUGUAGAAGAGGACUUGAACACGGCUGAAGUUGAUAAUCCAGCCACUGAUGUGUGGUUGAUGAAGAAUAGGAAGAGUCCAUGGUCUGGAAAGAAGGAAGGUCUUCAAACUGAGCUAACUGAGGAGCAAAAGAAAUAUGCAGAAGAGUAUGCAAAGAAGAAAGGUGAAGAGAAAGGUGGUGAGAAGGGAGAAGUUACAGCGGAUAAGAGUACUUUUCAUGGUAAAGAGGAGAGGGAUUACCAGGGUAGAUCUUGGAUUGCACCCCCGAAAGAUGCAAAGGCUACAAAUGAUCAUUGUUAUAUACCAAAAAGAUUGGUGCAUACAUGGAGCGGGCACACAAAGGGUGUAUCUGCUAUUAGGUUCUUCCCUAAACAUGGCCAUUUGAUUCUUUCUGCUGGUAUGGAUACCAAGGUUAAGAUAUGGGAUGUGUUCAAUUCUGGUAAAUGUAUGAGAACCUACAUGGGUCACUCUCAGGCAGUUCGGGACAUUUCAUUUUGUAAUGAUGGAUCUAAGUUUUUGACUGCUGGAUAUGAUAAAAAGAUUAAGUAUUGGGAUACAGAAACAGGGCAAGUGAUAUCAACCUUCUCCACCGGGAAAAUUCCUUAUGUAGUUAAGCUUAAUCCUGACGAUGAUAAGCAGAAUAUCUUGCUGGCAGGGAUGAGUGAUAAGAAGAUCGUUCAGUGGGAUAUGAACACAGGACAGAUUACACAAGAGUAUGAUCAACAUUUAGGAGCAGUGAAUACCAUUACAUUUGUAGACAAUAAUAGGAGGUUUGUUACAUCAAGUGAUGACAAGUCUCUCCGUGUUUGGGAAUUUGGAAUUCCUGUUGUUAUUAAAUAUAUUAGUGAGCCUCACAUGCAUUCCAUGCCCUCCAUUUCUGUACAUCCCAAUACUAAUUGGCUCGCAGCACAGAGUUUAGACAAUCAGAUUCUUAUUUAUAGCACUAGGGAGAGAUUUCAGCUAAACAAGAAAAAGAGGUUUGCUGGGCACAUUGUGGCAGGAUACGCUUGUCAGGUUAACUUCUCUCCAGAUGGGCGUUUUGUUAUGUCUGGUGAUGGUGAGGGUAAGUGCUGGUUUUGGGACUGGAAAACCUGCAAGGUAUUCAGAACUCUCAAGUGUCACGAAGGUGUAUGCAUUGGGUGUGAGUGGCAUCCAUUGGAACAAAGUAAAGUAGCAACGUGCGGCUGGGAUGGGCUGAUAAAGUAUUGGGACUAGAUUUGAGGCUGAGAUCAUCUGUGGAAGCCAUGUUUGACCUCAACUUUGUGGACAAGGAGAAUUCUGGGUGAAAAUCUGCCCUUAGAAAAAGAAUGUAUCUUAACUUGAAUUUUGUGUUAGAUCACCUUAGAAGUUAUCCCAAUGUCAUUGUACUGUUAGUUUCAUACAUUUUUGUAUACUUAAUUAAUACAAAAUUACUUUGUUCAACUU